AUGAACCACGUGGGCAGCCCUGUGAAAGCUUAUGACUUUUUGCUAAAAUUCCUCCUGGUGGGGGACAGUGACGUGGGCAAAGGAGAGAUACUAGCUAGCCUGGAGGAUGGAGCCACCGAAUCUCCAUAUGGAUACAACAUGGGUAUUGAUUACAAAACAACAACAAUACUUCUGGAUGGCCGGCGAAUAAAGUUGCAGCUCUGGGACACAUCUGGACAAGGCAGAUUCUGUACCAUAUUUCGUUCCUAUUCCAGAGGUGCUCAGGGUGUGAUACUAGUAUAUGAUAUAACAAAUCGCUGGUCAUUUGAUGGCAUUGAUCGGUGGAUAAAGGAGAUAGAUGAGCAUGCUCCUGGUGUACCCAAAAUCCUGGUUGGCAACCGCCUACAUCUAGCCUUCAAAAGGCAAGUGUCUACUGAGCAGGCACAGGCUUAUGCUGAAAGAUUAGGCAUGACAUUCUUUGAAGUAAGCCCACUCUGUAAUUUCAAUAUCACAGAGUCCUUUACAGAACUUGCAAGAAUAGUGUUAAUGAGACACGGAAUGGACCGGCUGUGGAGGCCAAAUAAGGUCCUGAGUCUGCAAGAUCUUUGUUGCCGUGCCAUAGUUUCCUGCACGCCUGUGCAUCUGGUUGACAAACUUCCACUCCCUGUUGCCUUAAGAAGCCAUCUCAAGUCAUUCUCCAUGGCCAAUGGCCUAAAUGCUAGAAUGAUGCAUGGUCGUUCUUAUUCUCUCACCGCCAGCAACAAUAACAAAAGGAACAGCCUGAAAAAAGCCAAAAUCAUCCGUCCGCUUCAGAGCCCUCCAAAGCCUUGUGUCAGAAAUAGUUGUAAAAUCUCCUAAGCUAUCUUUGGAAAUCUUUGCCCAGCAUUGUAAACACAAGGACUAAUUUAGUAGCUAAAUCUAUUGUAUCAGGGGUGGGUUCUAUUUAUCUUUACUACCGGUUCGCAGCAGGAGCGCGCGGGAGCCGUUCUGCGCCCGCGCAGAUCAACCAUGAUGAUGAUGUGGCGGGUGGGCGGAGCCUCCCACUGGUUUUACUACCAGUUCUAUAGAACCGGACCGAACCAGGAGCAACCCACCACUGUAUUGUAUGUAUGUAUUGCUUUGCAGGAACAGGACAAAAGAAAAAAUAUUUUAGAACAUUUGUUUUUAAUAAUGCUGCUUCCAGAUAUAUGAUGCACUCUGUGAAAACAGAGGAAUGUGAAACUUUAAUGUUGGAUUUUAUAUAUAUCAAUUUUUUGAUGUGCAUGAAAUCUUUGUGUAUUUUAUAAAGGGAAUAAUUUAUCACAGUACUGAGCUUUUGUGUCACUGAAUCUCAAAAGUGACUAAUUUUUAAUUUUUAAUAUUGCUCAAUUACUACAUUUUAUUUGCAAUUAGAAUGAAAGUCAAUUGUAGAUUCACCUAGUUUUAAACAACAAUGUAUUGUAUACAUUGUAAAAGAUAUAAGUAGUGACAUUAUUCUAGUAUUGUUUCAGUAGAGCAUCUGAUUCUGGUUUUGUAGAGUUUAUUGAGUGAUUCUGAAGCACGACUUUUGAGCUACUAAUGUAAUAUGCACAAGAAAUUGUCUCAUCCAUGUAUAAAACAUUUGAUAAAGUUUUUUGCUAUGUUUCAGAAUUAAAUUGUGGAUUAUAUGCUUAUUUUUCUGGUAAAUCUACAUUUUUGUAUUAGAUAUUCUAGUGAUCGUUAUAUAGUGAAAAAGCCAAAGACAUCAAGACAUAUUUGCUAUAGCCUAAGAAAAAAUGUAAUUUGAAAAGCUGCUUUAUCAGGAAAGGACACUAUUAUUUAAAAAUAAAAAUAAAUCCUGCAAAGUAUAUGUGUGUUUUUCCAACUGAAAUAUUUUAUCCUCCUUUCCCAGCUUUUGAAUGCUUUCUCAAAUCUCUAUUCCUUUAUCAAGACAGAUGUUUAUUAUAAUUUGUUUGCAAUAAAGGCCAGUUUCCUUCCAUUUUCAAGACAGAUAAUGUUUAUUAUUUGUUUGCAAUAAAGGUCAGUUUCCUUUCAUUUUAACGUAAGUGAUCAGAAAGACUUGAAAUAAAUAGCCUGAAUUAUGCCAUAAAGCAAAAUUUAUUCAUGUUUUUAAAAUAACGGUGUUUUCAAUCAGGCAAUUUAUAUUGCUAUUGGUGAACAAAUGCAACUAUCAUGUUUUCUCUCUCUAAUAAAUUUUAUGGUACAGUAAAAUAGUGCUAAGAAAAUAUGACCUACAAAUGACUUAGUUACAAAUGAAAUACAGUACAUCUGAAUAGCUUUGGGUGGUUUAGAAAUGUAUGAAAGGAAAUGCAAUGAAAUUACUGCAGAUAGGGAUUUUUUUCCUGUUGAUUUUUAAUUUUAAAUGGAUUUGUUUUUCAUAUAGUUUUGCUUCAAUUUUCACUUUGAUUUCCUUUGGGGUCUAAUUAUUUAUAAUAUUAUACUGUAUAGCUGCAGUUGCUAUUGUUGCUUAGUUUAUAAUAUCUUUACUGGGGAGAGAUUUCUCUAAUCUAUAUGUGCUAUAUUUCAGUUUUCUGCCAUCAUUACCAUUUUUCAUAAACACAAUGAAUUCUUACAUGACAUAUCGGUAGCAACUAGCAUUCUUGUUCUUGUCACAGCAAAAUUACCUCAUUAUAUUAAAUGUUUUUAUCAGUUUUGAUUCUCCUCAA